CUUCUAAUUUUAUUUUUCAAUUUUCUGUUUUACCAAAAAUAAUGAACCAAUAAUAUUGUAAAUAAUAAAAUUUAGAAAAAGACCAUCACAUGACAGAGAAAGCGACGCAAAGAAGACUGUUGUUUGCGACAGAAAAAGAAAAGAAAAAGAAAGAACAAACUCACACUCAACACUGUUAAGUGUUGGUUAACAGAAAAUAAAAUAAAAUAAAAUAAAAUUAUUUUACCUCUUUCUCUCUCUUCCUCCAUUAACGAACCUCCAUUUUUCUCAAUUGUACAGUAAUAUUUUCAACAUUUCCUACGUUUUUUUGUUUUUUUUUUUUUUUUUUUUUUUUAUAAUUAUACUACAGAUUCAUUAUUUUCAUAAUUCGUUAGUUUUAUCCUAUUUUCUUAACCUAGAUUAUUUGAUAUUUAUCUGAUCCGAUCUUUACACGUUACUAUUUGUGCAAUUCGAAGUUUGUUUUUCCGAAUUAAUUUCGCCAUUUUUCGGGAAUUUUUGUUGAAGAUCGGACUAUACUUGGCACAAUUUUUGGUGGAGCAUUGAAGAUGUGGAAUUGGUACAAAUGGGAUCACUUAGGUUUUGAAUUUUAGUAGGUGGCCAAGUAAAUUUCCAUAGCUGGCGUUGUUGAUGCAAAUGCCAAAUCUCCCAUCCCCUGAACCAGGAGAGCUUGUAUCGACUUCGCGGCUGAGGGAACCAAAUGGAGCAGCACAAAUGGAUGAAGAAGAAAGUACAAUGGCUACAGUUGCUCGACUUGUUGAGCAGCUGCAUGCCAACAUUUCUUCACCUCAUGAGAAGGAACUUAUUACAGCACGAUUGCUUGGUAUUGUUAAAAGGAAGAGGGAGGCAAGGACAAUUAUUGGCUCCCAUGGACAAGCAAUGCCAUUAUUUAUAUCUAUUCUCAGGGCUGGCACUCCUGGAGCUAAGGUGAAUAUUGCUGCAACUCUUAGUGUUCUUUGCAGAGAUGAAGACUUAAGGUUAAAGGUGCUCUUAGGCGGGUGUAUACCUCCGUUGCUUUUGCUUUUAAAGUCAGAUUCAGUUGAGGCUAGGAAGGCAGCCGCUGAAGCAAUAUAUGAAGUAUCAGCUGGUGGAUUGGCUGAUCAUGUGGGUGUGAAAAUAUUUGUCACUGAGGGUGUUGUCCCAACUUUAUGGGAGCAGCUAAAUCCAAAGAAUAAGCAGGAUAAGGUAGUAGAAGGCUUUGUGACGGGAGCCUUGAGAAAUCUUUGUGGUGACAGGGAUGGCUACUGGAGAGCUGCACUUGCAGGUGGAGGUGUGGAUAUCAUUGUGGGCCUUCUUUCUUCUGACAAUGCAGCCUCUCAAUCCAAUGCUGCUUCUCUUUUGGCCCGUCUGAUGUUAGCAUUUAGUGAUAGUAUACCCAAGGUAAUAGAGUCUGGAGCUUUUAAAGCUCUGCUCCAACUCGUUGGUCAGGGAAAUGAGGCCUCUGUUCGUGCAAGCGCUGCUGAUGCAUUGCAGGCUCUUUCUUUAGAGUCAGAUGAAGCUAAGAGAGCUGUUGUUGAUGCUGGUGGUGUUCCUAUUCUUAUUGGUGCAAUAGUUGCACCUUCUAAAGAAGGUAUGCAAGGGGAGUUUGGUCAGGCUCUUCAAGGGCAUGCCACUGUGGCUCUGGCUAAUAUAUGUGGUGGAAUGUCUGAAUUGAUCAAAUAUCUUGGAGAGCUUGCCCAGUCACCUCGGUUAGCUGCUCCAGUUGCUGACAUAAUUGGAGCACUGGCCUACUCUUUGAUGGUCUUUGAACAAAAAUCAGCCAGGGAAGAAGAACCCUUUAAUGUGAAGCUGGUAGAAGACAUUCUGGUCACAUUGCUUAAGCCUCGGGACAAUAAGCUAGUCCAGGAUCGUUUACUUGAAGCUAUGUCUAGUCUCUAUGGGAACAUUUAUCUUUCAAAAUGGCUUUCUUAUGCAGAGGCUAAGAAGAUACUAACUGGCUUGAUAACAAUGGCUGCUCUUGAAGUGCAGGAACACCUGAUUGGUUCUCUGACUAGCUUGUGCGCAGAUGGAGUAGACAUCUGGAACGCCAUAAAAAAGAGGGAAGGAAUUCAGUUGCUGAUGUCAUUGUUGGGGUUAGCCAGUGAGCAACAUCAGGAGCAUGCUGCUCAGCUGCUGGUAAUUUUAACUGAUGAAGUUGAUGAUAGUAAGUGGGCUAUAACUGCAGCGGGAGGUAUCCCCCCGCUAGUGCAACUUUUAGAAGUAGGAUCUCCAAAGGCAAAGGAGGAUGCAGCUCAUGUUUUGUGGAAUUUGUGCUGUCACAGUGAAGAUAUUCGUGCAUGUGUUGAAAGUGCUGGAGCUGUCCCAGCUUUCCUAUGGCUACUGAGGAGUGGUGGACAAAAAGGGCAAGAAGCAUCUGCCAAAGCACUAAUGAAACUUGUCCGGACAGCUGAUUCUGCAACCAUCAAUCAACUGCUUGCUAUGCUUCUGGGUGAAUCUCCAAGCUUUAAAGGCCACAUAAUCAGGGUUCUGGGUCAUGUGCUCACUAUUGCAUCACACAAAGAGCUUGUGCAAAGGGGAAAUCUUGCUAACAAAGCACUGAAGUCUCUUGUCCAAGUGCUUAAUUCUUCAAAUGAAGAGAACCAAGAGGGUGCAGCUUCUGUUCUUGCUGAUCUCUUUAGUUCUAGACCUGAGAUUUGUGAAAGUCUCGCAACUGAUGAGAUUAUUCAACCUUGCAUGAAGCUUUUGACUAGCAAGAUACUACUUGUGGCUACCCAGUCAGCUCGAGCCUUAGGUGCAUUGGCGCGGCCUACCAGAACAAAUAGUUCAAACAAGAUAUCUUGCAUAUCUGAGGGAGAAGUCAAGCCUCUAAUUAAGCUGGCCAAAACUUCCUUAAUUAAUGCUGCUGAGGCUGCUGUUGCUGCACUUGCCAAUCUUCUUUCGGAUACUCGGAUUGCAUCCGUAGCACUAGCCGAAGAUGUCGUAUCAGCUCUGACGAGAGUAUUGGGAGAAGGUACUGCAGAAGGCAAAAAAAAUGCAGCAUGUGCCAUAUACCAAUUACUGAAGCACUUUCCAGUUGGGGCUGUGCUAAAAGGGAAUUCUCAAUGUCGUCUCACUGUGCUUGCUCUUGUUGAAUCAUUGAAUACGAUGGAUCUGGAGGAGAUUGGUGCUGCGGAUGCCUUAGAAGUCCUUUCACUUUUGGCUAGAACAAAACAGAGGGCUAAUUUUACGUACCAACUCUGGUCUACCCUUGCUGAAAUCCCUUCAAGCUUAGAACCUCUCAUUCAUUGCUUAGCUGAAGGGCCUCCUGCAAUACAAGACAAGGUGAUUGUAAUUCUUUCUAGGCUAUGUGGAGAUCAACCAGUGGUGCUAGCCGACAUGUUGAUUGCUAAAUCAAAAGCUAUUACUUCUCUAGCAACAAGAACAAUGAGUCCAUCUUGCUUAGAGGUCAAAGUUGGAGGGACUGCAUUGCUUACUUGUGUUGCAAAAGAGCACAAAAAGAAGUCAAUGGAUUCACUUGAUUCUUCAGGAUAUCUAAGACCCUUGAUAUGCUCUUUAGUUCACAUGAUAAGGCAAAAUUCUGGCUGCUGUUCGUUGGAAAUUGAAAUAAGAACUCCAAGAGCCUUGAGACAGAGAACAUCUUUUCGAGAAGAGGAUGAGUGUGAGGUUCCUGAUCCAGCCUCUGUAUUAGGAGGUACAGCCGCCUUGUGGUUGCUUUCCAUAAUGUCCUCAUUUAAUGAGAAAAAUAAACAUGUUGUUAUGGAAGCUGGAGGAGUAGAAGUCCUUUCAGAGAAACUCACAAGCUACACUUCCAAUCCGCAGGCUGAGUUUGAAGAUGCCGAGGGUGUAUGGAUUAGUGCUCUGCUUCUCUCUGUAUUAUUCCAAGAUGCUAGUGUUGCUUGUGACCCUGCAGUUGUCCGUGUAAUACCUUUGCUUGCACUGAUGCUGAAAUCUGAUGAAAUGAUUGACAGAUUCUUCGCCACUCAGGCAAUGGCUAGCCUUGUCAACCAUGGAAAUAAGGGGAUAAUGACAACAGUUGCAAACUCAGGUGCAGUUGCUGGCCUAAUAACCCUCAUUGGUUACGUGGACACAGAUAUGCCAAACCUUAUUGCCUUAACUGAGGAGUUUUCUUUGGUAAGGAAUCCUGAGAAAGUUGUGCUGGAGCACCUCUUUGAGAUAGAAGAUGUGAAAAUGGGUUCUACUGCACGUAAAGCUAUACCAUUACUGGUUGAUCUUCUGAGACCAAUGCCAGAUAGACCCAGCGCACCUCCUGUUUCUGUCCACUUAUUGACCCUUGUUGCUGACGGUAGUGAUACAAAUAAACUUAUCGUGGCAGAAGCAGGAGCUUUGGAAGCUCUGCCAAAGUAUUUGUCAUUGGGCCCUCAGGACAUCACCGAGGCUUCUAUUUCUGAGUUGUUGAGGAUAUUAUUCACCAACUCUGAGCUAUUAAAGCAUGAAGCUUCUAUAAAUUCACUCAGUCAGCUAAUAGCCGUACUUCGUUUGGGGUCAAGAGUUGCUAGGCUCAGUGCUGCAAGGGCUCUGCAUGAACUUUUUAAUGCUGAAAACAUCAGAGAUUCUGAAUCAGUCAACCAGGCCAUUCAGCCUCUGGUUGACAUGCUUGAUGCUACAUCCCAUUCUGAACAAGAGGCUGGUCUUCUUGGACUUCUCAAGUUGACUACAGGAGACACUUUGAAGGCUAAUUUGUUGAUAGAUAUUGAAGGCAAUCCACUGGAAAGUCUCUGCAGGAUUCUGUCCUCUUCUGCGUCAUUGGAUCUAAAAAAGAAAGCUGCAGACCUGUGUUUUGUUUUGUUCAGCAGUCCAAAAAUAAGAUUGACGCCAAUUGCCACUGAUUGUAUACAGCCUCUUAUAUCACUUAUGAGAUCUGAUACUGAUUCAGCUGUGGAAUCUGGUGUCUGUGCUUUUGACAAAUUGUUAGAUGAUGACCAACAGGUGGAUAAUGCAUCAGCAUAUGAUGUUGUGGAUCUACUUGUUUCUUUGGUUUCUGAGUCUAAUUAUCGGCUUACUGAGGCCAGCAUAUGUGCUCUGAUUAAGCUGGGGAAGGACCGAACUCCUCGCAAGCAGGAUAUGGUCAAUGGUGGAAUUGUUGAUAAUUGUCUGAAAAUUCUCCCUGCUGCUCCUAGCUCUCUUUGCUCAACAAUUUCUGAGCUGUUUCGCAUCUUGACUAACAGUGGCGCAAUUGCUAGAAGUUCAACAGCUCCCAGAAUAGUGGAACCACUUUUUAGUGUUCUGCAACGUCCUGAUUUCAGUAUGUGGGGACAACACAGUGCUCUGCAAGCACUCGUGAAUGUCCUGGAGAAACCACAGAGCUUAACAAUCUUAGAACUCACUUCUAGCCAAGUUAUUGAACCAUUAAUAUCGUUUUUAGAAUCACCGUCUCAAGCAAUUCAGCAAUUAAGCUCUGAAUUAUUAUGUCACCUUCUUGCCCAAGAGCAUUUCCAGCAAGAUAUAACAACUAAAGGUGCAAUUAUUCCUCUUGUACAGAUUGCAGGAAUAGCAAAUUUGAACUUACAACAAACAGCUGUCAAGGCACUGGAAAAAAUUUCUCUGAUUUGGCCAAAAGAUAUUGCAGAUGCUGGAGGUUUAUUUGAGCUCUCCAAAGUCAUUAUUCAGGAUGAUCCUCAGCCACCUCACUCUUUAUGGGAAUCAGCAGCACUGAUCCUCUCUAAUGUUUUAAAUGUGAACGUAGAAUAUUACUUUGAGGUGCCGCUGGUGGUUCUAGUGAAGUUGUUGCACUCAUCGCAGGAAAGCAUUGUCAGUGUGGCUCUUAGUGCUCUCAUUAUACAGGAAAGAAAUGAUGUUCGCACUGCUGAAUUAAUGGCUGAAGCUCGAGCUACAGAUGCUCUCCUAGACCUGCUAAGAUCACAUCAGUGUGAGGAAGCAGCUGGAAAAUUACUGGAAGCCUUAUUUAAUAAUGUGAGAGUUAGAGAGAUGAAGGUUACUAAAUAUGCAAUUGCACCUUUAUCACAGUAUCACCUUGAUCCUCAAACCAGAUCGCAACCUGGCAGAUUGCUUGCAGCUUUAGCUCUCGGUGACCUCUCACAGCAUGAAGGGCUUGCUAGAGCAAGUGAUUCUGUUUCUGCUUGUCGUGCUCUUAUAAGUUUGUUGGAAGACCAACCAACAGAGGAAAUGAAAAUGGUCGCAAUUUGUGCAUUGCAGAAUUUUGUCAUGAACAGUAGGACAAAUAGACGUGCUGUUGCAGAAGCAGGUGGCAUACUUGUUGUUCAGGAGCAGCUAUUAUCCGCUAACUCAGAUGUUGCCAUCCAGGCAGCUUUGUUGAUUAGGUUUCUAUUCUCAAAUCACACACUUCAGGAAUACGUAUCAAAUGAGCUCAUAAGAUCUCUCACAGCUGCAUUGGAGAGAGAAUUGUGGUCUUCAGCAACCAUCAAUGAAGAGGUUUUAAAAACGAUAAAUAAAAUAUUCACCAACUUCCCUAAGCUUCACAUAUCUGAAGCUGCAACUUUGUGUAUUCCCCAUUUGGUAGCAGCAUUAAAAUCAGGAAAUGAGGCUGCUCAAGAAUCUGUGCUGGACACCCUAUGCUUGCUUAAACAUUCAUGGUCAACCAUGUCCAUAGAUACUGCUAAAUCACAAGCUAUUGUUGCAGCUGAAGCAAUCCCGAUCCUACAGAUGUUGAUGAAAACGUGCCCUCCAAGUUUCCAUGAGAGAGCAGACAGCUUGUUGCAUUGCUUACCAGGGUGUUUGACUGUCACAAUAAACCGUGGUCACAACCUAAAGCAGGCUAUGGGAACCACAAAUGCUUUUUGUCAAUUGAUAAUAGGCAACGGCCCUUCUCGGCAAACCAAGGUCAUGAAUCAUAGCAUAUCUCCCGAGUGGAAAGAAGCUUUUACAUGGGCAUUUGAUGUGCCACCUAAAGGACAAAAACUUCACAUCAUAUGUAAAAGCAAGAACACUUUUGGAAAGGCAACUCUAGGUAGAGUCACUAUUCAAAUAGAUAAGGUAGUGACAGAAGGAGUUUACAGCGGAUUGUUCAACCUUAACCAUGAUAGCAAUAAAGAUGGAUCCAGAAAACUCGAAAUUGAGAUUAUGUGGUCCAACAGAUUGUCCAAUGAUAGUCUGUAAACAAAAAAUCAUUAGAGAAGGAAGUUCUAUGAAGCAAGUGAAGUUGCAGCAAUGCUGCCGGUGAAGUUUUGGUGGUGUGCUGUCCCUGUAAAUCAGAGUGUUCCUUGCAUUUGUAUGUACUCUCCUCUAGUCUCCUUUACAGCAUACAGUUUUGUAGUGAAGAUUUUGAUGCCAAUAUAGAAUGUAUGAUCUUCAUCAAAUGUUGAGGUGAGAAUGAUCCAUACUUCCUGCAGUACGAGGAAAUUUUAUAAUGUUUCAAGUUGGUUGUACAGCUGAAUAUAGGUGCUAGGAAAUUCAUUUCUGGAUAAGUUGUCCAGAAAUUAUAUUCUUGAAAUCAGAAAGGAGAAAAAAAAAUGUAUCAUUAGCCUUUAAAGUACUGGCAAAUUGGCAAUCUGAUCUUGCGAAGUUAGAGGUGAGAAUUGUCUUGUGUUUGUAUCUUACCCCUUGGCAACUUGUUUAUGUAUAGAAAUAGAAUGACCAUCGAUUGGUUGUAUUAAUUAUAUGAAGUAAAUAGUAUCAGAAAGCUGGUCACUAUUGCAAUGUAUCACUGUACACCUGGCCAAUGAAGGUCAUACUUGAAUUGUUCAAAUGAAAGUACCUGUCCUAAUUCCUGUC